UUGUCAACAUAUAUUUAUGUAUACGUUCACAAUAGAUAUUCCUCUGUAAUUGUAGUAAGCCUCAAGGAAGCUUUCCCUCUCUGGGUACUUUAGAACAAAGCAAUGGAGGUUCAAGAACAAGAUAGCCGGAAAAAGCGACCCGACUUCUCUCCCAUUUUCAUAUUCAUAGUUUUUCUUGGUCUCGCCGCGUUUUUCCUUUGUCUCGCGUCUGAGUUUCAGAAGGCUAAGGGGAAAGAUCUGAAAUGGGAUGGAGAAUCAUGUUAUCUACCCGAAAGUCAUGCGUUCAGGUUUGGAACCGCGGCUCUGGUCUGUGUUUCGGUAGCUCAGAUCAUCGGAAAUGUUGUGAUUUGUAAAGGUUUCUUGAAAACAAACAAAAAGGAAACGACGCCGUUUCUUGCAUUUCUUCUGUUGUUUUCUUGGGUUAAUUUUGCGGUUGUGGCUAUGUUGAUAAUCGUUGGUGUAAGCAUGAACAGUGAGCAGAAAUACGGCAAAGGGUGGCUAAACGGUGAGUGUUACCUUGUGAAAGACGGUCUGUUCGCAUCAUCCGGCGUUCUGUGCGUUACAGCACUGGGUGCAGUUCUCGGAACGUUUGCGUCCAACGUCAAACCAUCGUUACAGGUUGAUACUCAAAACAAAAUUCAUACCCACAAUGUCUAGCAAUUCUCUUUUUUUUUUACCCGUAUAACUCUUGAGACUUAACUUGAAAACAAAGAUAUUCGAUCAGAUAUGACAAUCCGGUACCUUGAUCAAAGAUUUUAACUAGAUUGGUUAUUAAAGUUUUGCAUAUGA